AUGUCAUCACAGGUCUCCGAAAUCUACGCAACAGCCUUAGCCGACUUAGCGAAAGCCAACAACACUCUACAACCAACCUGCAACGACGUGGAGAAGCUAGCGAAGACCUUCUCAGAUCCCACGGUUCUAAACCUGCUCGUAAACCCGACGGUUGAGCUCAAGAAGAAGCGAGAGGUGAUCGACCUGAUCGCCGAGUCUCUAUCCCUGCUUCCGCACACGUCUAACUUCUUGAACGUGUUGAUCGAUUCGAACCGGAUAGAUUUUGUGAAUGAGAUUAUGAAGGAGUUCGAAGUGGUUUACAAUAAGAUGACGAAGACGGAGCUCGUGGUUGUGAAGUCGGUGGUGAAGCUUGAGGCUCCGCAUUUGGCUCAGGUGGCGAGGCUUGUGCAGAGACUUACCGGAGCGAGGAAUGUGAGGAUUAGGACUGUGAUUGAUGAGAGUUUGAUCGCUGGGUUUACGAUUAGGUUUGGAAGUUCGGGUUCUAAGGUAAUUGAUAUGAGUGUUAAGAAGCAGCUUCAGGAUAUAACCGCUCUGGUACAAGGGAUAUGA